CCCCCGGGAUCCUCCAUCCCCGGCGAUCCCAAAUUCCCCGGGGGUCCCACACCUCCCCGGGGGUCCCACAUCACCAGGGAUCCCACAGCCCCCCGGGGGUCCCACGUCACCAGGGAUCCCACAGCCCCCCGGGGGUCCCACAUCACCAGGGAUCCCACACCUCCCCGGGGAUCCCACAUCACCAGGGGUCCCACACCUCCCCGGGGAUCCCACAUCACCAGGGAUCCCACAGCCCCCUGGGGAUCCUACGUCACCAGGGAUCCCCCAUCUCCCCCGGGGUCCCACAACCCCCCAGGAUCCUCCAUCCCCGGGUAUCCCAAAUUCCCUAGGAGUCCCACAUCUCCCGGGGGGUCCCACAUCACCAGGGAUCCCACAGCCCCCCGGGGGUCCUAGAUCCCCAAGGGUUCUCCAGCCCCGGGAAUCCCACAUCUCUGGGAAUCCCUCAUUCCCAGGGAUCUCUCAUCCCCCAUGGAUCCCCUAUUCCCAGGGGUCCCUCAUCCCGCCGGGAAUCCUCCUGGGAUUCCCUUUCUCUGAGUAUCCCCCACCCCCAAGGGUACCCCAUUCCCCAGGAUUCCCCAUCCGCCGGGAAUCCCUCAUUGGUCGGGAUCUCCCAUCUCCAACGGCCCUUCCAUCCCCCAGAAUCUCCCUUUUCUGAGGAUCCCCGACCUCCAGAGAUCCCCCAGCCCGCGGGGAUCCCACAUUCCCCGAGGAUCCCCCACCUCCGUGGUCCCCACAGCGCACCGGGGGCCUCCGGUACACCCUGGAUACCCCGGGAGCCCCCACCGUGUAUCUGCCUGGGCACCGCCGGGGUGGCACCGGGGCGGCCUCGAUGUCCCCGCUCUGCGCCCCCCGAGCAGCAGCACCAUCCGCCCGGCUCCACCUUAACCGGAGCGGCCGCGCCGCGCUGCCCGCGGCCGGGCGGCUCCGCGGGAGCGCAGGGGCGUUUAUCUCGCCCGGGAUCAGCCAAUAUUUGUGGCCACGUCAGGAGAACGAGCCCAUCCUCGCUCCGUGCUCCCGCUGAGCCCAGUUCCGCCACCCUGCUCCGCCCUGGCCCUGGCGCUGCCGCUGGCUCAUCCCCUUCGGCUUCUCGGACACUGCUGGAACCCCCACGCUGUCACCCCCCGCCACCGGCAUGACGGUCACCGUGGCUCUCCUGCUCCUGAGCCUGCUACGGGUGGCGGCUGCCAAGGGUGCGUGGUGCCCGGCCUGCGGGGUGGCCGCGCUGGCCCCCGGCACGCAGCGGGACGCGCUCCUGGAGCUGGCCAAGCAGAGCAUCCUAGCCAAGCUCCGCUUGCCAGCCAGGCCCAGCGCCCCCCAGCCCCCGGCCCGAGGGGCCCUGCUGACCGCGCUCCGCAGGAUGCGAGCGCAGCGCUCGGACACGGCCGCCACCCCAGGGAUGCUCCGGGACGGCCGCGUCCCACCCCUGCGUCCCGGGAUGGGGCUGCAGGAAUACGAGAUCCUGAGCUUUGCUGAGUCAGGAUCCUCCACUCCCCGCAGUGUCCACCUUCAUUUCCGCUUCUCCCAGGAGGUGGCCGGGAGCACUGAGAUCCUCCAGGCCACCCUCUACCUGUUCUGGGCAGCCCCCAGCCCCGGAGCACAGCCCAUCACCAUCAGGAUCCUGCAGCCGGACCCGGCAGGGCCAAACAUGACAGUGGCCAGCGAGACACAGCUGGAGGUGCAGAGAUCCGGCUGGACCACACUGGACAUUGGAGCAGCUGUCCGGAGCCUCUUUGGACAAGACAUCCCACGGCUCACGGUGGAACUGGAGGUGCCAGAGGACUGGGGGUCCCCGCUGCCAUCUGACCACAGUGAUUCCCACUGGCCAUUUGUGGUGGCCCAAGCCCAGGCCAGGACACCCCACCGUGUCCAUCGUCGCGGCAUUGAUUGUGGCGGGGACUCGCGGAUGUGCUGCCGCCAGGAAUUCUUUGUGGACUUCAAGGAGAUCGGCUGGGAGGACUGGAUCAUCCAGCCGGAGGGCUACCACAUGAACUACUGCGCGGGGCUGUGCCCGCUGCACAUGGCCGGCGUUCCCGGCCUCGCCGCCUCCUUCCACACCGCCGUCCUCAACCGCAUCAAGGCUGCCAGCGCCACGGCAGCCGUGAACUCCUGCUGCGUUCCCACCCAGCGCCGGCCCCUCUCGCUGCUCUACUAUGACCGGGACAGCAACAUCGUCAAAACCGACAUCCCCGACAUGAUCGUGGACUCCUGUGGCUGCACCUGAGUGUUGCCGGAGCGGGCAGGAGGCCAGGACAUGGCAGUGCAGGGCUCCCUCCUCCCGGCUCCUGGCUGGGAGGCAGGAGCUCUGCCAAGGGGGUUUCUCCUCCUCAGGGUGAAGCAUCGAGGGUGAUGCUGAAUGUGCAAGUCCCCUCCUCUCUCCACUCCCACAUGGCUCUUUCCCCCUUCAGAUCUGCCCAUGGAUUCCUCUCACAGCCCCUCAGACUGGCUCAUGUGGGACUCCAGAGCCUUCUCCUGCCAGAUCAGGAUGGUCCCACUGCCAUCCCAGCCCAAAGUCGUGGUGCACCCUGGUUGUGGCUACACCAACACAGGACCCACCAGUGGCCAUGCUGAGCUGCUGGGGCUGGCGAGGACAGAGGGCAGGGGUCAUUCCCAUGGCCCCACUCAGCUGGACACAUGGCUGAGCAGGGAGAGGAAAGGGAAAUCGAUCCCAGUGGGAGGAAUGUGUCCCCCUCUCCAAGCACCCCAGCUACCUGGUGUCCAAUAAAGACUCCCAGCCGUGGUGUGUG